AGGCCGCAAAACGGUCCGUGCGUUCCUAGCGAAGAUGGCGUCCCUAGCGUCAGGAUUUUGGACUUUAAAGUUUAGGACAAAUUUUUAGCUCUAAAAGCGAUCUUUGUGCACUUAGCGACAAUCUGAUCUAUAGAUCAAGAUGCCUAUAAUCAAAGAUCUUGAAGGUUCAUCUGAAGGCUGGGACAGGUCUGAGACCAGCAAUGGCAUCCCGUACUAUGUCAAUCACCAGACAGAGAGAACACAAUGGGACCAUCCACUGCUGGCACAGACACUGGAACAGCUGGAUGGAUUGAAUGACAUCAAGUACGCAGCCUACAGAAUGGCCAUGAAACUACGGGCUGUACAAAAGAGAUGUGACCUGCACUUUGUGGACCUGAAGACAGUGGUGUCCGUGUUUGAGCGGCAUCAGCUCCGCGGCCAUCAGGACUCCGUGGUGGAUGUCAUGGACCUGUAUGACAUCAUCAGUGACGUCUUUGUCAUGUCCAACAAGGACAGACCUGACUUCAUCGACAUUGAACUUGCCAGUGACCUGACACUCAACUGGAUACUCAAUGUUUAUGACACGAACAGAACAGGCUGUAUCCGUGUCCCCUCAGUCAGGGUGGGACUGGUGGUCAUGUGCUCAGGACUACUGUCUGAAAAAUACACAUACCUGUUCCAGCAGUUCUCAGACCACAAUGGGAUGAUGAGCAGGAAAAACCUGUCAGGACUCAUACAGGACAUGUUACAGCUGACAGACCAGUUGUUUGAGAGGCCGUCCUUCGGUAGUGUGUCUGCUGCUGUAGCCAGCUGUUUGGAAGGGACCCUAGGAACAGGAGUAACAGAAGACCACUUCCUGCAGUGGUUAAUGGCAGAACCCCAGACUGUGGUCUGGCUCCCAACUCUGCACAGGGUGGCAGCUGCAGAGAGUGUCAAACAUCAGGCAAAGUGUAACACAUGUAAAGCCUGUCCUAUACUGGGCUUCAGGUACAAGUGUCUGAAGUGUUAUAACUACGAUCUGUGUCAGAACUGUUUCUUUGUGGGUCGGAGUUCACGCUCACACAAACUCAGCCAUCCCAUCCAGGAGUACUGUACACAGACAUCGUCCAAAGAAGAUGCCAAAGCGUUUGCCCGUACAGUGAGAAACAACGUGACCAAGCGGUACAAGAAGAAGAGAAACAAGUCCAACUUCCUGCCUGUACAUGGAUACAGGGAGGACGACACAGAGAGCAUGGCUGAUACUCAAAGCGAGGCUGACAUGCAUGGGAUGCUGGGAAGACUGGCGACCCGUCUGGCGGACAUGGAGAGUUCGUUGCCCCCGACAACGGUGUCACGACCUCAGCAGACCUCUCCCAAACUGAUGCAGAGGCAAAGGCCGACCCCCCCUGAGCAGGUGAUCGUGAACUUGGCCCCUGAGGAGCGGCUGGAGCUGGAGGACAUCAUCCACGACCUUGAGGCGGAGAAGGACGACCUUCUGGAUGACAUAAACGAGCUGAGGACACAGAGGUCAGAGGCGGGGUCAGCCGUACACGACGAGCAGGAGAGGCUACAGGCAAAGGUGGAAGUGUUGGAGUCCCACAACAGACAACUGGAACUACAGCUGGAGAAAUACAGGCUUAGAGUGCAGAUGCAAGAGAGAAGUCCAGCAGCCCUACCCGCCCCUCACCAACCCCAACCCCAGAUCCUCUCCCCUCCCUACCAACUCCAACCCCCCCUCUCCCUACCCUCCCUACCUCACCCCCCAAUGUACACCUACCCCGCCCCCUCCUACCAGCCCCCUCCCAACCCCCUGGCCCUCUCCCACCCCCCUCAGCCGUACCCCUCCCCUAUCCGACCCCCUCCCCCUCAGUACCAGAGUACCCCGGGACAGAGACCACUAUGGCGCCCACCGGCUUUCUCCCAGCAGCCUUUGGGAGAGGAAGAGUAUGAGGAUGAAGAAGCUGACCAAUCAGAAGACAUGUAUCAAGAUGACGAUGAUGAUGAUGAUGGAACGUACCCCCUGGGCCCCGAGGCGACCUACCUGCCCGAGACGUCUCACAGGUUUCCUUCCGAGGAGGCGGAACUCGAGGAUCUUGUCUCAAGGGUCAAGGACGCCUUCCCCAAGAACAUGUCUUACAUUUACUCCCAUGAUGCGGGAGAUGAGAUGAUAGCAGCUGCCAGGAGAGGAGGGGAGGCUGUGACUUUGCUCGUCAACAGGAUCGUUGACACAGAUUCUGGACCCAGGCGCAGUUUGCUUCAAGAUGAGGAAGAAGAUGAGGAGGAAGACUACUGA